UCUUAGAAAUGAAACCAUCUUUCUUCGUACCUCAUCACAAUGUUCAGAAGAAGAACAGAUAGUGAUGGAUGAAGGCCAAAAAGUUGGCAGUUCCUUUCAAGGUGAUCUGAAUCGGGCAGGAAAGGUGAAGGUAGACAAUUUUCUAGAUCUAGAAGAUUUGGACGUGGAUGAAGAGAUUAAGCCCCAAAUGAGCAAGGAUUUGCUGCUGCUUCCAGGAGAAGUAGAACAGGAGGUCAGCACCAGCAUGCCUUCUUGCAAUCCUUCCGUGGACCAGCCGCUCACCCUUGCAGUGAAGCCAAAGCCCACCGUAAAAGGAACAGAAAAACAAAUGGAAGAGAUACUUGGAGAUGAAGUUCAACCCUUCUCACUUGAUGAAGAAUUCGAUUAUGACAAUGUGAUACUAACCCCCAAGUUCAGUCUUGCAGAGAUAGAGACCAUCAAAGAGCUCUCCAAGCAAGAGAAAAAGAACACCAACACAGACAUAGAGGAACCCCACGACUGA